GGCAGACAGUGAAACUACAGACAUAAACCACAUAAACUGAUUGCUGACAGAGACGGACCUUUGCUGCUGCUGCGGAGGGACAAAAUGUGGCUUCGAGACGAGCUUUUGAAAUCCAUAUGGCACGCGUUCACAGCCCUGGACGUGGAUCAACGUGGAAAAGUUUCCAAAUCUCAGUUAAAGGUGCUGUCCCACAGCCUGUGCACAGUAAUGAAGAUCCCUCAUGACCCUGUGGCCCUUGAAGAGCAUUUCAAAGAUGAUAAUAAAGGGCCUCUGUCCAACCAGGGCUACAUGCCUUACCUCAACAAGUUUAUUCUUGACAAGGUACAGGAGGAAUUUGAUAUACUGGAGUUCAACAAGAUGUGCUGGACACUUUGUUACAAGAAAAAUAUCUGCACUAAAAAUCUACUCAUCUCGGAUCAGGACGCUUUCAAAGUCUGGUGCAUUUUCAACUUUCUGUCAGAAGACAAAUACCCACUCGUCAUCAUUACUGAAGAGAUUGAGUACUUCCUGCGAAAGCUGAUGGACGCCAUGGGGAGCGGAUUGAAUGAGGAGAAGUUUGCAGAUUACAAGCUGCAGCUGAACAAAAAGAAUAAUUGCCUGAGUGCCUGGGAGCUGAUUGAACUGGUGGGGAUGGGUUACUUCAGCAAGGGCAUGAACUGCCAGACCCUGUCCAUGGGCAUCAUGGAGGUCUUCCAGGAACUCAUACUGGAUGUGCUCAAGCAGGGAUACAUGAUGAAAAAGGGCCACAAAAGAAAGAACUGGACCGAGCGCUGGUUUGUCCUUCGACCCACUUCGCUGUCAUACUAUGUCUGUGAGGACCUUGUGGAGAAGAAAGGAGACAUUAUUUUGGACCGAACCUGCUGUGUGGAGUCUCUGCCAGAUAAAGAAGGGAAGAAAAACCUGUUCAUUAUCAAGUGCAUUGAUAAAUGCUUUGAGAUCAGCGCAUCAGAUAAAAAGAAGAAACAGGAAUGGCUUCAAGCUAUUCAAACGUGCAUCCAGCUGCUGAGGUUGGGGCUGCCGUCUCCUCACCGCGAGGCACGGCUGAGGCGCCGUGAGCUCCGGCAGAGGCAGCAGUCGGAGGAGGACGACCUGGCAGAGAGGCUGAAGCACCUCCAGGGGGCCAAUGAGAACAAACAGAGACAGCUGGAGGGUAUGAGGAAGAAAAUGGAAGAGGCUAAGGCUAAGGCAGCAGUAGAGGAGCACAGGAGGAAGCAGACUCAGUUAGACCUGCAGGAUCGCUACAGACUGGACCUGGAGAAAGAGAAAAUGGUGCGUCAGCAGAUGGAGGAGCAGGUGGCUCAGAAGUCCAGUGAACUGGAGCAGUACCUGCAGCGCGUCCGGGAGCUGGAGGAUAUGUACCACAGGCUGGAGGAGGCAUUAGAGGACGAGAGGCAGGCCAAGCAGGAUGAGGAGGCCGUGCUCAAGCUGCAGGCCAGGUUGCUGGAAGAGGAGGCAGCAAAGAGAGCAGAGCUGGAGCAGAUCCACCUGCAGCAGCAGAGGGCGCUGUCUCAGACUGAGGCCGAGAAGCAGGAGCUGGUGGCCGAGCAGCUGGCCAAGGAGAGAGCCCUGCAGGCAGCCAUGCUGCAGCUGGAGAGGAUGGAGAGGGAGCGCCACGGAGCGCUGGAGCAGUACGAGAAGGUGUCAAGGAAGCUUGAACGAGCAGCUAACAAGACCAAGACCUGGAAGGACAAGGUGACCAAACAUGAGGGGCUGGUGCGUCUCAUCCAGCCAGGUGCUAAAGGACCUCAGAGGAUCACUAACUGGGGUCCGGCUUCAUUCACCGACGCUGAGCUGGAGCUGAGGAAGAAGUCGUGGCAGGAGAGUAAGAACCAGGGGGCUCAGGCUCAGUAAAACACGCACCAUGACAGGUGGAUUACACCAAUGAGGAAGACUCUGAACUGUCACAUUCGAGGUCUGAAGAGGUCUGAUAAUAUAAAUGUACUGAGCCACAUGACAGCUGCAGAGAAAACUGUUUUACUGAUUAGAUUUGGGUUUGUUUUUAAAGAACAGCUGGGAUUAACUGCCUUUCAUCAGUGUCUUAGUAAUAAAAAAAAUCAUAUUAUUUGACAAAAUAAUCUUAAAUUGAGGUCCAUUACUUGCUUUUCUUAGCAUAUGCAGUUUGCUCAGCUGUCUUGGUGAUGAUGAGAUGUGAUUGAAAGCGCCAGGAAAAAAUAAUGAGAUUGAGAUUAUUUUAUGAAAAAUGUAUUCUCAUUCAAUUUUCAGUUUUCUUCAGUCUAGUUUUUUAUUUUGUAAUUCCAGUCCGUCCUUUUUGACUUGCUGUGUUUAAUUAAACUGCUUUGCAGUUUUUUCAUGUUUUUGUGUUUUGAUAUAAUCGUGUCAUUUACUGACAGUGUAACAGUAGAUUCAUUUCCACUCUCGCUUGGUUUAUUAGCUAACAUUGAGUGAAUACAGUCAUAACUCUGAUGAAAAAAUAAAUAAAACACCACCUAUUUUUAUGAAA